AUGGAGGGUCCCGCCGUUGAAAACGACACGCCAAAUACGCCCGUCAACAACGAAGAGAUGGCGAAUUGCGUGAAUUGUAAUCGCCCAGACCACGUGGACGAUUUUGUGCAGUGUGACACAUGUGAUUCAUGGUGGCACCAGUCUUGUGCCGGCGUUACGCCCUCGAUUGCCGAUCGACCGUGGAGUUGUAGGUCGUGUGCACAAGAUAUCGUAUCGGUACACAACACGUCAUCGAAAGCAGGUUCGGCACGGCUAGCGCUGCAACACCAGAAGCUGAAAGAGCAGCACGAACUGGAACGAAAGUACAUCGACGAUAAGUACAAGCUGAUGGAGGCCGAACUGGAUGCGGCAGAGGAGAACGCCAGUGGUCGGACGCGAACCAGCAAGCGUGCUGACAUCGACAAGGUUAGGAAGUGGAUCAACGAGAAUGCAGGUCAAGGAGAAGGCGCAACGGGUCCUGUUGAGGACAGUGAUGCCGCCCCCUCGACGCUGCUCCCCGCACCACUCGGCCAAAACGAUGUUGCCGUUGCCCACGUUCGAGCAUCUGGGAGUCCGCUAAAACAUCCAGCUAUACCAUCGCAAGUGCGGCAUUCUUUAGGACCAAAGGCGGCGGUCAACAAAAUGCCUUCCACCCUGUUGCAGCGACCGAUAGUAAAGCAGACUUCGAAUCUGACGACGAAGCAAACACGACCGUUGGAAGGACAUGCUGCGGGUCCCAGCAAAGGAGCGGUUCCCAAGGUGCAGCAAGACUGUUCAACGCUGGUGAAAAGGAAUGUAGAAGGUAGAACCAUCCCUAGACCCCCCGUACCAAAAGUGCAAGGUAAGCCGAACCAAUCAUUAAUAAAUGUUAAUCCCGCUCAACCGAGCGAUGAGAAUGCAAACCUCAAACAUCUGAUUAGCCAAUUUGGAAAUCUUUUCCAACCUAAGCCACGACCAAAUUACAUUUUGAAUUCCGGAAAACGGCCGGUACCAAUUGAGCCUCCGGCGUUCUCCGAAUAUAUCCCCACCCCCUCGCAACUAGCCGCGCGACAGGUUAUGCCGCGGGAUCUGCCACAGUUUUCGGGCAAUCCUGCAGACUGGCCCGUAUUCAUAAGCAGUUUUACAAACUCGACACUUGCUUGUGGAUACACCAGUACUGAAAAUUUAUGUCGUCUCCAACGCAGCCUGAAAGGCGCCGCAUAUGAUGCUGUACAAAGUCGUCUCCUUCUUCCGGAGUCAGUCCCUCAGGUUAUGGAUACCCUGUAUCUACUUUAUGGAAGACCAGAGCUGCUAAUACACGCGCUUCUGGACAAGGUUCGUUCUGUUCCCGCACCGAAAGUCGAUAAAUUAGAAACACUCAUCGAUUUCGGUAUGGCUGUCCAAUGUCUUUGCGAUCACCUCGAGGCAGCAGGUCAACUCGCGCAUUUGUCUAAUCCCUCUCUGUUAAUGGAACUCGUAGGGAAGCUUCCGGCUCAUGUGAAGAUGGAAUGGGGUUACUUUCUGCGCGACUACCCGGAAGUUAACCUUAAAACCUUCAGUGAGUUUAUGUCAAACGUUGUGAUAUCCGCGAGUAAAGUGACAGUGUAUGACGGAAAAAGUGGCAGGAGUGUACUGGGAGAAAAAUCGAAGCCGAAGUUUCGAGGAAUAGUUAACGCACACUCUGAUACAACGGAGGAGGUGCGUGAAAAGGAUAUAUCGUGCUACGUCUGUAAGAAAUCUGGACACCGUGUGCAGGAGUGCAGAACAUUUAAGUCGCUGUCUAUCGACGAACGAUGGAGAUGCAUCCAAACCAACAAGCUGUGUCGGAACUGUUUGUGUAGUCAUGGCAGGCGAAGCUGUAAGCGUUCGAGUAGCUGCGGAAUGAAUGGAUGCCAGUACCGUCAUCAUCCUCUACUCCACUCUGUGAGAUACAGUGCAAUCAGCCAUCCGCCGCACGUAUCAUCUGGGGAAAACCAUACCCAUCGGCAGAUGGGACAGUCUUUAUUCUUUCGUAUAAUUCCGGUGACGCUCUUCGGGCCACAUGCUGUUGUUAAUGCUUUCGCUUUCCUCGACGACGGGUCGUCAAUGACGCUGAUAGAAGAGAAAUUAGUGGAGCAACUGGGAGUCAACGGCGAGAACCGGCCACUAUGCUUGAUGUGGACUGGUAACGUAACCAGAACGGAAUCUUCAUCGCAGCAAGUAUCAUUAUCAAUCUCUCCGGCAAGUGGACAAAUAAAACAUACACUGGAUGAUGUGCGCACGGUUAAGGAGCUUUCCCUUCCUAAGCAAACGGUAUCGUAUGAAGAGUUAUCUGGAAAAUAUCAGCAUCUUCGUGGGCUGCCAAUAGCCAACUACACUGAUGCAGUGCCGCGAUUGCUCAUUGGUGUAAAUAACGUGAAUUUGAUUGUGCCCUUGAAGGUGAAAGAAGGUAGAAGUUGUGAACCAGUUGCUGCGAAAACAAGGCUGGGCUGGUGUGUAUAUGGUGGACAGGGAGCAGGGAACGCGAUACAAUCACUGAAUUGUCAUUCUUGCGACUGCACCAGUGACGAAGAUAUGCACCAUACGGUAAAGGACUACUUUGCUCUUGAGGACGUCGCCACUCACACAACAAUAAGCCUGCUAUCGGAGGAAGAGAAGCGUGCUCAGCGGAUUCUAGAAGAGACAACAGUUCGCGUGGGAAGCCGUUUCGAAACGGGACUCUUGUGGAAGUAUGACCAGAUUAAGUUCCCGGAUAGCUAUUACAUGGCCCUCCGCCGGCUGCAGUGUCUCGAAAAGCGGAUGGAGCGGAAUCCUAAGCUACGAGAAAACAUCCAUCUUCAGCUGGUGGAUUAUGAGAAGAAGGGAUACGCCCACCGGGCAUCGGAAGUGGAGCUGGCGAGUGGAAACGCAGAUCGGAUCUGGUACUUGCCGCUUGGGGCGGUGAUAAAUCCCAGAAAACCUGAAAAAGUCCGACUCAUAUGGGACGCGGCGGCAAAGGUAGGAAAUAUUUCCCUGAAUACGCUCCUACUCAAGGGACCGGAUCAACUCACAGUGUUACCGGCAGUUUUGGCACGUUUUCGGCAGUUCAAGGUGGCAGUUUCGGCGGACAUCAAAGAGAUGUUCCACCAAAUACUUAUUCGAAAGGAAGAUCGCAACUCACAGCGGUUUCUUUGGCGAAAGGAUCCUUCGAGUCCUCCAGACGUCUAUCUAAUGGACGUAGCAACCUUCGGGUCAACGUGUUCGCCGGCGUCCGCACAGUUCAUCAAGAACAGGAAUGCGGCAGAAUUCGAGAAACAGUAUCCCCGGGCUGUCGAAGGGAUAAUUAGAAACCACUAUGUGGAUGAUUCGCUGGAGAGUUAUAGCAGUGUAGAGGAGGCGGUACGCGUUUCUGAGGAGAUGCGGUCGAUUCACGGAAAGGCAGGAUUUCAGUUAAGGAACUGGUUGUCUAAUAGUGGAGAAGUCUUGAGCCGUCUCGGUGAAACGAAGCCGUUGAUCGACAAAAAUGUCGGCUCGGACAGGAAGGCGUUUGAACGCGUACUUGGGAUGUUAUGGUUGACCGAGGAGGAUGUCCUGUGUUUAGCUACAACGGUUCAAGAACCCAUCCAAAAGUUGAUUGACGAAGGAAAGCAGCCGACCAAAAGGCAAAUUCUAAAAUGCCUAAUGGGAUUCUUUGACCCCCUGGGCCUAUGGAGUGCGUUCCUGGUGCACGGGAAAAUUCUGCUGCAAGAUGUCUGGCGCAGCGGAAUCCAAUGGGAUGAAAAAGUCGAUGAGGCGGCCUUCGAACGUUGGAGUGAGUGGGCCAGCUUGUUCCGGACUAUCGCUGAAAUUCGUGUUCCUCGGUGCUACUUUCAGAACGCUACCAGUCGGCAUUAUCAGAACCUUCAGUUGUACAUCUUCGCAGACGCCAGUGAGGUUGCUUAUGCCGCGGCAGCGUAUUUUCGAAUCACAAAUUCAGACGGAGUUGGUAAAAGCGUCCUGGUCGCGGCAAAGACCAAAGUGGCCCCCUUAAAGCCAUCCUCAAUUCCUCGCUUGGAACUACGAGCUGCAGUGUUGGGAGUUAGGUUGAUGCAGUUUGUCGAAGAGAGCCACAACGUGAAGGUUCAACAGCGGUUUCUAUGGAGCGACUCAACAACCGUACUGUAA